AUGUUCCUCAGGGUGCUGCUCCUGUCCCUCUGGUGUUGGGACUCGGUGCAGUUGGUCUCGGGGUCCGGUCUGUGUUCAGGAUCAGUGCAGAUCUGGGACAGGUCCUGGACCGGGGUCUGUGACGGGGACUUGGACCAGCGGGGGGCAGAGGUGCUGUGCAGGGAGCUGGGCUGUGGGGCUCCUUCUCUCCUCCAGGGGGCGCUCUCUCCUCUGGGGCAGACGUUCCACUGUGAGGGUCAUGAGUCUGCUCUGAUGGACUGUCCCCGCUCCAACUCAAGGACCUGCUCCUCUGGAGCCACUGUCCACCUCAUCUGCUCAGAGCCGAUCAGGUUGGUGGGAGGAGCCAGUCGCUGUUCUGGGACUGUGGAGGUCAAACACAGAGGAGAGUGGAGACGGAUGUAUGUUCCCUCUACUCGUUGGGACCAGGAGGACACAGCUGCUGUGUGCAGAGACCUGGACUGUGGCUCUGCUGUUUAUGGAGAACAGAGAGGUGGAUUUCCAUGGACUGGUGUGUGGGAGGUAUCAACUGACUGUGUGAGGAAGUCUUCAGUGAGAGAAUGUUCCACUGGUUCAUCCUCCACUUCCUUUGGUCUGGAGGUGAAGUGUUCAGACUCGGUGCGGUUGGUCUCGGGGUCCGGUCUGUGUUCAGGAUCAGUGCAGAUCUGGGACGGGUCCUGGACCGGGGUCUGUGACGGGGACUUGGACCAGCGGGGGGCAGAGGUGCUGUGCAGGGAGCUGGGGCUGUGGGGCUCCUUCUCUCUCCUCCAGGGGGCGCUCUCUCCUCUGGGGCAGAUGUUCCACUGUGAGGGUCAUGAGUCUGCUCUGAUGGACUGUCCCCGCUCCAACUCAAGCACCUGCUCCUCUGGAGCCACUGUCAACCUCACCUGCUCAGAGCCAAUCAGGUUGGUGGGAGGAGCCAAUCGCUGUUCUGGAACUGUGGAGGUGAAACUCGGAGGAGAGUGGAGACGAGUGUCUCAACUCUAUAGACUCUGGGACCAGGAGGACACAACUGUUGUGUGCAGAGACCUGAACUGUGGCUCUGCUGUGCGUGGAGAAAGCAGAGAUGAUUUUCCCCAGAGUCCUGUGUGGGAGAUCACAUCUGACUGUGUGAGGAAGUCUUCAGUGAGAAGAUGUGUCAUCGGUUCCUCCUCCUCCUCUUCCUUGGGUGUGGACGUGAAGUGUUCAGAGGCGGUGUCAGGGAGAGGCUCCAACAGAGAUCUCGCUCCUGUUUGGACCAGUGUGAGAAAGAAACAUAAACUGAUUCAGUCCCGGUUCGUCCUGAUCCAGACCUGGUUCUCGGACAUGUUCCUCAGGGUGCUGCUCCUGUCCCUCUGGUGUUGGGGGGUCCUGUGUGCAGGGGUCCAGGGAGAAAACGACAGCCCAGGAGAGCUCAGGUUGGUGGGAGGAGCCAGUCGCUGUUCUGGGGCUCUGGAGGUGAAACAUGAAGGAGAGUGGAGAAAAGUGUUUGACCGCAAAUCACUCUGGGGUCACGAGGCCACAGCUGUUGUGUGCAGAGACCUGGACUGUGGCUCUGCUCUUUAUGGAGAAAAGAAAUUUGAGUUUUCAAGUCGUCCUGUGUGGUUGGUCUCAUCUGAUUGUGUGAAGAAGUCUUCAGUGAGAGAAUGUGUCUCUGGAUUUUACUCGUUCUCCUUCUGGCAUGUGGAGGUGAAUUGUUCAGAGUCGGUGCGGUUGGUCUCGGGGUCCAGUCUGUGUUCAGGAUCAGUGCAGAUCUGGAACGGGUCCUGGACCGGGGUCUGUGACGGGGACUUGGACCAGCGGGGGGCAGAGGUGCUGUGCAGGGAGCUGGACUGUGGGGCUCCUUCUCUCCUCCAGGGGGCGCUCUCUCCUCUGGGGCAGACGUUCCACUGUGAGGGCCAUGAGUCUGCUCUGAUGGACUGUCCCCGCUCCAACUCAAGGACCUGCUCCUCUGGAGCCACUGUCAACCUCACCUGCUCAGAGCCGCUCAGAUUGGUGGGAGGAGCCAGUCGCUGUUCUGGGACUCUGGAGGUGAAACACAGAGGAGACUGGGGACGAGUGUAUGAGCCCUUUAUACAGUGGGACCAGGAGUCUACAGCUGCUGUCUGCAGAGACCUGGACUGUGGCUCUGCUGUUUAUGGAGGAUACAGAGAGGAUUUUCCAGAGAGUCCUGUGUGGAGCUUCUAUCCUGACUGUGUGAAGAAGUCUUCAGUGAGAGGAUGUGUCUUUCGUUUAUCCUCCUCUCCAUAUGGUCUGGAGGUGAAGUGUUCAGACUCGGUGCGGUUGGACUCGGGGUCCGGUCUGUGUUCAGGAUCAGUGCAGAUCUGGGACGGGUUCUGGACCGGGGUCUGUGACGGGGACUUGGACCAGCGGGGGGCAGAGGUGCUGUGCAGGGAGCUGGACUGUGGGGCUCCUUCUCUCCUCCAGGGGGCGCUCUCUCCUCUGGGGCAGACAUUCCACUGUGAGGGUCAUGAGUCUGCUCUGAUGGACUGUCCCCGCUCCAACUCAAGCACCUGCUCCUCUGGAGCCACUGUCAACCUCACCUGCUCAGAGCCCCUCAGGUUGGUGGGAGGAGCCAGUCGCUGUAAUGGGACUGUGGAGGUGAGACACAGAGGAGAGUGGAGACGGCUGCAUGAGACCUUUACACUCUGGGACCAGGAGCUUACAGCUGCUGUGUGCAGAGCCCUGGACUGUGGCUCUGUUGUUUAUGGAAAAGAGAGACUUGAUUUUCCAUGGAGUCCUGUGUGGAACGUCUCAUCUAAGUGUAUGAAGAAGUCUUCAGUGAGAGGAUGUGUCUAUGGUUCCUUCUCCUCUUCCUGGGGUGUGGACGUGAUGUGUUCAGACUCGGUGCGGUUGGUCUCGGGGUCCGGUCUGUGUUCAGGAUCAGUGCAGAUCUGGGACGGGUCCUGGACCGGGGUCUGUGACGGGGACUUGGGCCAGCGGGGGGCAGAGGUGCUGUGCAGGGAGCUGGGCUGUGGGGCUCCUUCUCUCCUCCAGGGGGCGCUCUCUCCUCUGGGGCAGACGUUCCACUGUGAGGGCCAUGAGUCUGCUCUGAUGGACUGUCCCCGCUCCAACUCAAGCACCUGCUCCUCUGGAGCCACUGUCAACCUCACCUGCUCAGACCCAAUCAGGUUGGUGGGAGGAGCCAGUCGCUGUAAUGGGACUCUGGAGGUGAAAUAUGAAGGAGAGUGGAGACGAGUGUUUGAGCACUUUAGACUCUGGGGCCAUGAGGACACAGCUGCUGUGUGCAGAGACCUGGACUGUGGCUCUGCUGUUAAUGAAGAAAGCAGAGAUGAUUUUCCACAGAAUCCUGUGUGGUUGGUCACACCUGAAUGUGUGAAGGAGUCUUCAGUGAGAGAAUGUGUCUAUGGUUCAGUCUCCUCUUCCGGGGGUGUGAACGUGAUGUGCUCAGAGUCGGUGCGGUUGGUCUCGGGGUCCGGUCUGUGUUCAGGAUCAGUGCAGAUCUGGAACGGGUCCUGGACCGGGGUCUGUGACGGGGACUUGGACCAGCGGGGGGCAGAGGUGCUGUGCAGGGAGCUGGGCUGUGGGGCUCCUUCUCUCCUCCAGGGGGCGCUCUCUCCUCUGGGGCAGACGUUCCACUGUGAGGGACAUGAGUCUGCUCUGAUGGACUGUCCCCGCUCCAACUCAAGGACCUGCUCCUCUGGAGCCACUGUCAACCUCACCUGCUCAGAGCCGCUCAGGUUGGUGGGAGGAGCCAGUCGCUGUAAUGGGACUCUGGAGGUGAAACACAGAGGAGAGUGGAGACCUGUGUCUUACAGCCCAUUAGUCUGGGACCAGGACGACACAGCUGCUGUGUGCAGAGACCUGAACUGUGGCUCUGGUCUUUAUGGAGGUCGCAGAUCUGAUGAAGAUCUGAAUUUGGAAGCGAAACCUGUGUGGGAGCUCACACCUGACUGUGUGAAGAAGUCUUCAGUGAGAGGAUGUGUCUCUCAGUCAGAACACUCUCGGUGGAGUGUGGAGAUGAUGUGUUCAGACUCGGUGCGGUUGGUCUCGGGGUCCGGUCUGUGUUCAGGAUCAGUGCAGAUCUGGAAUGGGUCCUGGACCGGGGUCUGUGACGGGGACUUGGACCAGCGGGGGGCAGAGGUGCUGUGCAGGGAGCUGGGCUGUGGGGCUCCUUCUCUCCUCCAGGGGGCGCUCUCUCCUCUGGGGCAGACGUUCCACUGUGAGGGUCAUGAGUCUGCUCUGAUGGACUGUCCCCGCUCCAACUCAAGCACCUGCUCCUCUGGAGCCACUGUCAACCUCACCUGCUCAGAACCGAUCAGGUUGGUGGGAGGAGCCAGUCGCUGUGCUGGGAUUCUGGAGAUGAAACUCAGAGGGGAGUGGAGACGAGUGUCUGUACCCAAUAACGAUUUUGAACAGGAGGACACAGCUGUUGUGUGCAGAGACCUGAACUGUGGCUUUGCUGUGCGUGGAGACAGCAGAGAUGAUUUUCCUAAGAGUCCUGUGUGGAAGACCAGAAUUUCCUGUGUGAGGAAUUCUUCAGUGAGAAGAUGUGUCAUCCCUUCCUCCUCCUCCUCGUCUUCCUGGGGUGUGGACGUGGAGUGUUCAGAGGCGGCGUCAGGGAGAGGCUCCAGCAGAGAGUGAGACCGGUUCAGACCUGAGUUGGUCCAGUUUCAGAAAUCAUCAUCAUCAUCAUCAUCUUUUAUUGUC